GGAGGGCAUUAGGACUCCACGGGGAGGAAGAAGAAGAUAUCGCCCUCUCUCUCUCUCUCUCUCUCUCUCUCUCUCUCUCCAAGGUUCCGUUCGCCUCUGGGUCUCGAUUGAUCAAUUCGGCCCAGCAGAUCGCGUGUGUGAUAAGAGAUCGGUGGGAUUUGUGAUGACGAGGAAAAGGAAGACAGAGGAGGUGGCGCCGAUGGACGAAGCGGACCGGACCAUUUACUCUACCUUCUGCGGCGCCGCCAACUCCCUUUCCCAGCUCUACACCCAGGCCAUGCACCAACAGACGCUCUCCUUCGACGCCGGCGAGCGCCACGCCCUGGAGAAGCUCUAUCAGUGGAUCUUGAGACAACAUGAAGUUGAAUCGAGGUUGACUGUAGCUGAUGUUGUCACCCAUAUCCAGAAUGAGAUGGGCUACGGAGGAGAUGAUUCGUCAACAUCACCAAUGUUGGAAUUCCAACAACAAACCCAAUCCGCAAGUCAUUUUACAAACUCAAGCAUCCAACCAUUUCCUGGUUUAUCUGGCCAGGUCUCAACUGGUAUCGCCCCUCGCAACGGUGACUCCGAUCAUGCAAAAAGCUCUGCUUUCUCAAAUGCACUUUCAAGCUCUGCUUGUGGGAGCCUUCCGCACUAUCGCCUUGCUCAGGGAGGUGGAUAUUAUACAAAUGGUCCAUCCACUGGAGAUGCUGGUGCUAGAAGCCAUGAUCCUAACCAAAACCAGGAGCUUCAUUCUCUCAGCUUCAAUGAUUCUUCUAUGGAUAUGAACCCAGAUAGUCCAAAACAUGAAUCUUAUCUAUGAAAUUCUCUACCUAAGCUCUCAGUAAUUUAUUUUCAUUCAUCAAUGUAUAUAGUUAUAUAGCCUUGGUUAGUACUGGUUUAGAUCUCCAUACGCCACCCUCGAGUCAGGAUGACAAGAACAAGAAAAAGGUCAAGAUGUCUGCAUGUACAUAACUUUCAUGGUGGGCUAUUUUAGGAACCGAUUUGAAUGUUUGAUAAGAGCUACUGCUGUGAUGGCUCUUUCGUUUGGAACCACUUGCAGUUUCUUGUUUCGAGUUGUCUUCUGCUGUUGGACCUAAAGAUGUCUUCCAUAAUGUUCGUUUGAGAUCUGAGAGUCGCUUUAUGUAAAUAGCUAUUGAUGCUGCUAUUUUGCCAUUUAUUCAUAAGACUAUUCUCUUGUUUGCUA